CAUGGAACGAGUUAUGAAAACUCGGCACAUGACAAAAGAAACCCAGUGAAAAGACUCUUCAUGUUUGAUCUACGUGAAUUAUGGACACCAAACCUCCUGUAUUCUCUCCUCCAGGAGCAAGCGUAGCAAGAGGAUCCGUGGCGGAGGCGCCAACUUCGUGUCGAGAAUGCCGUCGGCGGAGAGUCGAGUGCGACGGCACUAUGCCUGUCUGCGCAGUAUGCCAGAAGUAUAGACGCCAUUGUCUAUACGACAAGCAUAGUAAAACCCGCUUGACAAGAAAGCAACUCACGAUCCUAGAGGAGCGACUUGAAAAAGCAGAAGCCCUCUUAAGGAGCCACUUUACGGAGGCGCAGCUUGCAGAAAUGAUGGACGGAGCAGCUGCUGUAAGGCCAGCCCUAGGCAGCUUACCUCUGUAUCCCAGCAGCAGUUCUGCGACGCCGUCGUCCCACAACAACAUCCCCGCACCUGAAGCUCUUCCCUCCGGAUCAAGUGAGGCGACUUCAUCGUCAUAUUUAGCCGGGACCUCACAGCUCGUACACGGUAUUGAACUGGGGGUAGAGCCGCUCUCUGGAGCUGGACACUCGGCCGGAUCUUAUGAGCUUGCACCCUCCCUAGCUAACGACUUCGAGUGGAAUGAGUCGUCAUGGUCCGCGUAUGGGCCAGCUAUGGAUGCUGGGGACAGCGAGGCUCCACAAGAUAUUGUGGAUGGCAUGGCUUCGCUGUCUGUGGGCGACCACAGAGGCUACCUAGGUGCUGUUUCCGGAGCUGCUCUCCUGCGCCAGAUAUUAUCAGCCCGUAAGGAUGGGGAAGGGGCUGAGGCUGGAGUUCAACCACAGCAUUUAGAGUCCCUAUUCCAGCAGCAGACGGACCAGACCCAGUGGUAUCGUUCGCAAUCCAUACUAACCCGGGUAGUAGUUGGAAAUCUCAUCGACGCCUUCUUCUCAUUUUAUCAUCCUACCUUCCCAAUCGUACACGAGCCGACUUUCCGGGCGCAAUAUGAUGGCACCCUGCCUCGCCCUGAUAAGGAGAAUUGGAACACCCUCGCCAAUAUUCUUGCUGCGCUUGGUUCGUUUGCCAGCAGCAACUGCUCCGAUGCCACGGACCUGCCCAUAUUCCAAGCGGCACAGAAAAGCUUGUUCGCUGACAAUCUCGAGGUUGGGAACCUAACUCUUGUCCAGGCAUUCGGCCUGUCAGCUACCUACCUUCAAAAAAGGAACAAGCCGAACACGGGCUACAACUAUGGUGGAGUAGCCCUCCGUCUGGGCAUCGGGCUGGGUCUUCAUAAAGAGUUUGAACAGGGAAAUCUCCCCCCGCUGCAGAUGGAAAUUCGCCGCAGGGUAUGGUGGACCCUCUGUGUUCUUGAUGUUGGUGCCACCGUAACCUAUGGGCGGCCCCUGAACUGGCCUCAGGCCGGAGUUGAGACGGCCCUCCCGAUGAGCAUACAUGAAGAGGAUCUGGUUUCGGACUCAGCACCAUACCCGCCAGAGGCCGACGGCCUGACUUUAUAUACGUAUCUUCGGAUCCAGUCGUCGUACCAUCUUAGGACGAUGGGCAUCUAUAAUCGCCUUAUUACCGGAUCUUUCCCAAAUGCUGCGGAACUGAUCACUCUGGACGAUGAAAACAUUGGCGCCUGGCUCGCACAAUGGCCACACUACUACGUCGACUUUCCUCCAGCGGGAUCAAAACAUGCGCUCGGCGUUGGAAUUUCGAAGUGGCGAUACCGAAAUCUCAGAAUUGUUAUGUAUCGCCCAUUCCUAGUUAGAUGGGCCCUAAGCUCGUCACUAUACGAUCAGCAAGCCUCAUCAAGCACCGAAAGUUUAGCUGUUUUCAGAUGUCUUGACGCAGCAAAGGAGACUAUCUUGUCCGUCGAAGAGUAUUGGAUGUCUCGGUCACACUUCAGACUCGCGGCGUGGUAUGUCUUGUACUUCUUGUUCCACGCCACUUUGGUCCCCAUCCAUUGUUUAAGACACAACCCACGGCAUCCACUGGCCCCUGACUGGCGCUCUCAAAUACGAGCUUCGUUAGCUGUCAUGGACGCCAUGUCAGAACUAAGCCCCAACAGCUCUAAAUGUCGAGAAAUCAGCCUGAAGCUCUGCUGGCCGCACUUGCAAGAGGAAGGAACCCAGUUCUACAACGACGACACGGCGUUUCUUCCUAGUCUGGCGGAUGGCGAGGCAGCCUCGGUAAUGAAUGGAUAUGACGCGUGGUGCGCGUUGAUGAGCAACACAGGGGAGGGGGUGCCACUGUAUCAAUGGCCAAACCUUGACGAUGAGGGCUUAAAUUUUUUCUACGGAUUAGAUAGCGGUCAUGGGCUGUAAAUAUUCGUCUCUCCAUAGAAGCUUAAUUCUAUAGUGAUGCUUUCU